GGCCCCACAGCCAGGAGGAGGUCCGUUAAGAUCCUCCAGCUUCAGCGCUCAGCCGAGCGGUCCUGGUCCAGUCUGUCCGGGUCUCUCUGCCGCAUUCCUUCAGGGGAGGAGGAGUAGGAGGAGGGGGACAUGAGGAGUUACCCACCCGUUUGUCCGUGGGCGUGAGAACGGGAGAGACCGAGCGAUGUCUGCGCCGGGAUUCACGAACCUCAACAGCUCCAUCAGCUACGGACAGAACCCGGCGACCCCCCACCGGAACGGUCCAGCACAGACGUACCAACCCAUGCAUCCACCCACAGGCUGCUAUGGAGCCCCACCUCAACAACAGAGCUACCCCACUAUCCCUGCCCACCCGGCUCCUGUUCCCAGCAAAGCACCCAUCACGAACAGUGCCCACAGUGCUAACUACUACCGGAGCAACCAUCAUCAGCAGCAGCAGCAGCAGCACCUCUCCCAGCAUCAUGUAGCACCCUCCCCAUACAGUGCUUCCCCAAGCUCUGCUCCUCCUUCUCAGACGUACGCCACCCUCCCCUCAUCAGCACCACCUCCAUCAAAUGCCCACUACAGCCAACAGCCAUUGCAGCAGCAGCAUCAUCCGCCGUAUGCCCCCCCGGGAUCCUAUUAUGGGCCGCAGUCGUACCACGCUCCUCCGGCACAGCAGUCCCAACAGCAGCCCAGUUUGGUGCCUGCGCCGGCCGUCGGCCCCGGAGCGCCCGUCUACCCGAUCGUUUCGUACCCGUCUGCGCCAGGAAGUAGCCAGUUUGGCACACUGAGUUCCUCCCAGAGCGCCGCCGCGCAUGGAGUCAUGCCCACCCAGAUGGGGGCCCCCCUACAUCAGUACGGCACCACCCGGCCAGCCUCCACAGCAGCGGUGCAGCCCGGGUACGGCGUGGCUCCUCCAAGUCAUCUGGCGCCAACCGUCAAUGGUCAAGGAGGCACGGGCCACCAACACUAUGACCAAAGCCAGCCGGCUUCUCUGAGCUACGACUCCUACGGCGACGCAGACCACCCGCCCUCAGGAACCCCUUCCGCUUCAGUCCAUUCCUCACCGGGCCACCAUCAAGGCAUGCAGUAUGGAUAUGCUGCAAAUAGUGGAGCUAGCUCUGCCUCUGCCGCCACCUCAGGCCCGGCCGCAGCCCCCUCGUCAUCCAGCUCUGAGGAUGAUGACGAUGAUGAUGAUGAGGAGGAUGAGGAAGCAGGUGGUGACACUUCCUCUUCCAGUACUGGCAGUGCCUCUCCGGUGCCCAACAGCUACGAUAACCUGGAAGGCGGCAGCUAUCCAGAUUCCAUGCCGCCCUCCAACCACAUGACCAACCAGGCCGCGCCCUAUGGUAACUAUGGUUACCCCGGCAUGCCGCCGGCCUACCAUCAGGGACCGGCCGCCGUCACCGACUCGUCCCCCUCUCACGACCCGUACGGCCAGUCCAGCUACCAGCAGUACUCCCAGCCGUUUCCAAACAUGUCCCAGCUGUCUGCGGCCCUGGGGGGGCUCAGCGGGGUGCCGGAGCUGGAGGUGGCGGCCCUGAGGCCGGUCAACCUGCUCCAGGAGAGGGACCUGCUGCCCCACAGGCCCCUUGAAGCCCCCGAACCCAACCUCAGCCCCGACCUCAAGAAGGUCAACUGUUGUCCUCAGUCCUUCAGGUGUACCCUGACCAGCAUUCCUCAGACCCAGGCUUUACUCACCAAGGCCAGGCUCCCUCUGGGCCUCCUCCUCCACCCCUUCAGAGACUUACAGCAGUUACCGGUGAUCACGUCGAACACGAUCGUGCGCUGUCGCUCCUGUCGCACCUACAUCAACCCGUUUGUCACCUUCCUCGACCAGCGCAGGUGGAAGUGCAACCUCUGUUACCGGGUCAACGACGUUCCAGAUGAGUUCAUGUACAAUCCGGUCACCCGGUCGUAUGGCGAGCCCCAUAAGAGGCCGGAGGUCCAAAACGCCACCGUGGAGUUCAUCGCCUCCUCGGACUACAUGCUGCGGCCCCCUCAGCCGGCGGCCUACCUGUUUGUUCUCGAUGUGUCUCACAAUGCCGUGGAAGCAGGUUACCUAAAGUACUUCUGUGAAUCACUUAUGGACAACCUGGACAAGUUGCCGGGCGACACGCGCACCAGGGUGGGCUUCCUCACCUUCGACAACACCAUCCACUUCUACAACCUCCAGGAGGGGCUGUCCCAGCCACAGAUGCUGGUGGUGUCGGACAUCGAUGACAUCUUCAUCCCGUCUCAUGACAGUCUGAUGGUGAACCUGAAGGAAAGCAAAGAGCUGGUGAAGGACCUGCUGACGUCUCUGCCGGGCAUGUUCAGCGAGAGCAAGGAGACCCACAGCGCUCUCGGCCCGGCGCUGCAAGCCGCCUUCAAGCUCAUGACGCCCACCGGGGGGCGCGUCACCGUUUUUCAGACCCAGCUGCCGACGAUCGGCGCCGGAUCGCUGCAGUCGAGGGAAGACCCCAACCAGCGCUCGAGCACCAAGGGAGUUCAGCACCUCGGCCCCGCCACAGACUUCUAUAAGAAGCUGGCGCUGGACUGCUCGGGGCAACAAAUCGGGGUGGACCUUUUCCUGCUCAGCUCCCAGUACACUGACCUUGCUUCACUAUCAUGUAUCUCCAAGUAUUCGGCAGGCAGCAUCUUCUACUACCCCUCCUUCCAUUGCACCCAGAACCCAACUCAACUAGAGAAGUUCCAGAAAGAUCUGGAGCGCUACCUCACCAGGAAGAUCGGCUUCGAGGCGGUCAUGAGGAUACGAUGCACUAAAGGUUUAUCCAUCCACACGUUCCACGGUAACUUCUUCGUGCGCUCCACCGACCUGCUGUCCCUGGCCAACGUGAACCCGGACUCCGCCUUCGCUGUCCAGAUGUCGAUCGACGACUCUCUGGCAGACUCGUCUCUGGCCUGCUUCCAGGCCGCUCUGCUCUACACCUCCAGUAAAGGAAAAAGACGAAUCCGGGUCCACACUCUGUGUCUGCCGGUGGUCAACCAACUGAGCGACGUGUACGCCGGAGCGGACGUUCAGGCCAUCACUUGUCUGCUCGCCGACAUGGCCAUCGACCGCUCGAUAACGUCCAGCCUGUCGGACGCUCGCGACGCCCUGACGAACGCGGUGGUGGACCUGAUGAGCGCCUACAAGAACAACGUGUGCAACCUGCAGCAGUCCGGCCUCGUCGUGGCCGCCUCCAUGCGCCUCUUCCCCGUGUACAUCCUCUCUCUGCUCAAACAGAAAGCCUUGCGGACGGGCACCAGCACGCGGCUGGACGAGCGGGUCUUCGCCAUGUGCGAGUUCAAGACGCAGCCGCUGCAGCAGCUGAUGCGAAUGGUUCACCCGGACCUGUACCGGCUGGACGACAUGUCGGACCAGGGGGCGCUCCACCUGAACGACACCGUGGUUCCCCAGCCUCACCUGCUCCACCUGUCUGCUGACAGGGUGACGAGAGACGGAGCGUUCCUCCUGGACUGUGGCAACGUGUUUUAUCUGUGGAUCGGCAAAUCCUGCGACCACCUGUUCAUCCAGGACGUCCUGGGCUUCCCCGACUACGCUUCGAUACCCGCCACCAUGACUCACAUUCCCGAGCUGGAGACGCUUCUGUCUGAGAGGGUGCGAGCGUUCCUCGACUGGCUGCAGGACAAGAGGGCGUUCAGCUCCACGCUAACGGUCAUGAAGGACAACUCUUCGGCCAAAGCGUCGUUCUUCCAGUACCUGGUGGAGGACCGGUCCGAGGGGCCUUUUUCCUACAAUGAGUUCCUGCAGCACAUCCAGCAGCAGAUGUCCUAGUCGGCCGUCCAGAGAGAAGCUCUGGAAGAUAGAACCCUAGAGAGAGAAGAAACUAGCGUUAGAGAUGACGGACACCCCAUUCGCUGCUCCCAGACCAGUUUCAGCGAGUCCGGGUUUAGCCCCCCCCGCGCCCCCCCCCCCGCCGGUCCUCCGAAACAAUCUCGUUUUAAAACAGAUCCGAGGUCAUCGGCCAGUCGGGAUUUGACCACUAGAAAAAGGGGGAGGCGAUAGCUGUAGAAUAAGAUUUAAUCAUGUGGCUCCUCGCCGCCUCUUAACCACUGUCGACCCCCGUUUAGCUUCUCGCCGACCGCUUCGCCCCCACGAGGAGAAAACGGGGGGCGAAAGUCGAGAAGACGAGACGCCGCCGCCUCGACGCGUUUUAUUUCUUUUUUUUAGUUUCGAGUUGUUUCUUUUUUCGUGAGCCUCACAUUUCACUCUUAUUUUUUUAUUAUUAUUAUUAUUAUUAUUAUUAUUAUUAUUAUUAUAGUUUUAAAUUGUUAUUCCUUUUUUUUUUUUAUAAUUUAUUCCCCCGUUUCAAUACACUGGAGAACGGUUUGUUUUGUUAUUUCCGGCAUGAAAUACGAAACGCAUGUCACCGUUUUGUUCGCUGCUAGUCUUCGAGCCGUAGACGACGACCGUCUGUUGUCACGGGAAUAUAAUUCGACAGUGGUUGGAUGUUUAACCCCGCCCCCUCCCCCUCAUUGGCUCCCUCUUCUCCGCUCCGCUGUGUCUGUCAACGCUCUACUUUUCGAUUUUUUUUAUUUUUAUUUUUAUUUUUUUCAAUUUUUAUUUCUUCCGGGUCGAUUAAAAUGAAAGUCGCUCUCCACUUUGUAACUAUUGAAAAAUAAUCUUUUAUGUGCGAUAAUUUAUGAACCAGCUUAUUAAAUAAAAAAAAUUUAAAAAAAUCAAA